UGUUGGUAUGUUUUGUAAUAAAAUGAAAUAUGUGGAUAGAAAAAGAAAGAAAAACACUGAUGUUGAUAGGGUUAAAGAAAAAAAAAAAAAAAGAGAAGGGAAGGGUCCCGCAACACGUGGCCUCUAUCAUAAUUCAUCUCUCUCUCUUCACCUCCUCCAUAUAAAGAAAAGAGCAGAUGCAGAUUAAAGAAAACAUCGAAUUCUUCAGCCGCAGCAACCAAACCAAACACACUCUCUCUAAAAAAAAAUCUAAAGAAGAAGAAGAAGAAGAUGGGGUUACAAGGUCAACUCUCAGACGUUUCAUCAGAUUCAAUCCCUCUCAUGCUCGUUGCUCUCCUCGCUACUUUCUUCAAACACGUCCGCUCUUUCUUCCUCCGCUUCUCCUCCUCCGGACAAGAACAUACUCCUUUCUCGGUUUCUUCAGGAUUAACUAACCUCGUUGAACUCGCUGACCAGCUCAAACUCAACCGACUCUUCUCAUACCGCUACGCCGAUACCGCCGUCGCGUCCUCCGAUUGUAUCGUGUGUUUGUCUACACUCAAGACCGGAGAAGAAGUGAGGAAGCUGGGAUGCAGACACGUGUUUCACAAACAGUGUUUGGAAGGUUGGCUCCAACAUCUCAAUUUCAAUUGUCCGCUUUGUAGAUCUCCGUUGCUUGGUAAUGGAGGAUGUGGGGAAUCGAUCUCUCUUCUCUCAGAAGCAGCCACUGCUGCAUCUCACUGAGUUCUUCACUUAUCUGAUGAACAAAAAAAAAAAAGAAGGAAAGAGAGAUGAAGAGUUUGGGCGUUUUUUGGAUCACGCGGCUUUCUCCUCUUUCUUUUGUUUUUAGGGAUUUGGGUGUUCUUUAUUAUUUUCUUCGAAAUUCUCUUCUUUAUAUAUAUAAUUUUUUAGAAUCUGUCAGAUUAGAUCGGAGAGGUUCGUUUGUUAUUAAAAUUUUCGCACAUGUAAAUUUUUAGUAUGGAAAAUGUUUGUGUUUGUUCAAAAAAUUAUAUUAGCAAAAUCGAAAGCUUGUGAUGCGCAUGGAUUUGUAAUUGUUCCCGCACAAAGACAAGAACUACUACUAUUUUGCAUUUUACUUUCUUGGUUUUCUUUAUAUUUUGGGAUAGU